AUGAUAAUGAUAAUAGCAAAAAUUAUGUCUGCUUCUUGUGACUCUCAACUUAUUUUCUAUGUGAUUUUCACUAUUUCUCCGGAAUGUCUAUUUUACAAUAUUUUCCGCUUCUUCUCGUUCUUGUCACAUUAUCACAAUGUACACUGGAGCCAAAUUUAUGUGACGAAAAACGAACAACACAAUGUGACGAGUAUGCAGUUUGCUGUUCACUUGGAAAUGAGCAAUAUGGUUGCUGUCCAUUUACCGGUGGUACAUGUUGUCCUGGAACAAGUCAUUGCUGUCCCCCCGGAUUCUCUUGUACAACUAAUGGGACAUGUAAAAGGACAUCCACAAUUGAGAAACCCUUGGAUCCACAUGAUGUUGACAUUAUAA